AUGUCUCGUAGAGGAUUUCGUUGCUCCCAUGGAUGUUUACUCGGACUGAAUAUCCAGAAGGUCAAGAAUAUACUAAUUCCAAACCAAGAUGAUCCAUUUGAGAGCUUAGAGAUGAUUGAUAACCAAGAUGAUCCAUUCGAGAGCUUAAGAUGAGACAUCAAUCUCCAUUUUCAACACGAGAUCAAUCAGAUCUUUCACAUGGCUUACAAAGAAUGCAUAAAUCAAUGAAUUGAAUACUAUGGACGAGAUCUCCAUGAGGUCGUGCAUUGCUUUCGAUUGCUGAGGCAAGAAGGUUACAAUAACCAAGAAAAAAAGAAGAGUGGAAUCAAAGACGGCCUACAAAAUGAUGGGAAGGGUCAUAUAUCGUAUGAAGCUUUUGAGCUCGGUGUAGAAGGUGAAGAAAUACUCGAUAGUGUGAGAGAAUUCACAUUUACUUGUCUUAAUGAACUUUGCUCGGGUUGAGAAAGGCAUCAAAAGGAGUUUAUAAUGAGUUCUUUGAGGCAUACUUGCCACAAAACCUUAGGAAGAUUAAAGUCCAAGAGGCCAUAAAUUAUAAGUAUGCAUGAUCAAAUCACGGGUCAAGAAGAUAAUAAGUGGUUACAAACUCUAUUACUAGUGGCUGAGGUCGAUUGCAUUAUCUUAAAGUCACUACUAUAGGAAGAAAUAUCUCAAAUAAUCAAGUAAAGUCAAGAAUGAUACACCCUAAAGUCGAUAUAUAAGUGAAUUCGGUAGAAGACUUUUUAUAGGUUUUUGAUUUCUCAGCGAUGACAUUUCGAUGUCUAUGGGGAGCUAGAAGAACUAAUUAUCUUCACGAAAUAACGAAAACUUGUUGAGAAAUAGAUCAUGAGGGGCUUUGAGACGCUACCGAGAUAUAUGAAGGUUUGCUUUGAAGCUUUAGAAUCACAUGGUUGGAACCUAACACACUUCGAAUGGGCAAGUUUGUGUAAAACAUUAUUGGUAAAAGCAAAAUGGUUAAAUUUGGUGAGUAUAUAUGUUCAUUUAGUGAUACUCCAUGACUACUUCUUGUUGGCUGAAGAACUAAAUAAAAAAAAUAAACUCGAACUAAUUGAGAAUCACCUUAGGACUGUAUAAUCUGCAGCUACAUUGCAAGAACAGUUAAUAUUACAAGAACUUUUGAUCUGAGUAAACA